AUGACUCUCAAACCCGAAUCCCAAUGCCAAACCCGUUCCCGAACUCGAACCCGGAUCCGUACUUGUCGCCUCUCUCCGUGUUACCGCCACCCUGAUGAACCGGUCACCGGCAUCUGCGCUUCUUGCCUUCGUGAACGGCUCUCCGGCCUGGAUUCAUCUGCCGCCGCCAUUGCUGCAUCCUUGUCGCCGGAGCUUCGUCGCUGCAGGUCAGUGUCCACUUCUAAAUGCGAAACUUCCUGUAGCAGCUUCACCGAGCAGCGGCGCAAGUCAUGCGAGGUUAGGUCGGAUCGGAGCUCCCUGGCUCAUCUGUUCGGUGAUGAUGACGAAAAGAAUGGAUCCAGUAGCUGCUCCAAAGUUGAAUCGAAGAAUUUGGGGCUUUCGAGAGUUACUUAUACCGUGAUCGAGGCAAGUGAAGAGAAGUGUUGUCGUGAAGAAAUUAGGGUUUCGUGUAAUGCGUUGGUGCCAGUAGAUGUGAAUGCUAUUGACGAUGAUGAGGAGUUUGAGGAGGGAGAAUUCAAGACAAUGAAAGAAUACAUAGAUCUUGAAUUUCAGAAUAAGAAUAGUAAAUCUAAGGAUUUGAGAGGCAUUGCUGGAAAUUUACUGGGUGCAGCUUCUGUUUUUACAAAGAAAUUGCAGAAAUGGAGACAAAAGAAUAAGAUGAAGAAGGGAAAUAGUAGUAGUAACUGUGAAACGGCCGGUAGCCAUGGUUGUAAUGAUGUGUUUUCGAACAUCGAAAAGUCGAGGGAAACUCAAUCCGAGAUUGGGGAAAGAAGAUCUUGCGACACGGAGCCAAGAUUUUCGGUUGAUGCUGGUAGGAUUUCAUUUGAUGAGCCUCGGGCUUCAUGGGAUGGGUACAUGAUUGCAAGGACCAUUCCAAGGCUUGCUCCAAUGUUUUCUGUUGUUGAGAAUGGGAUCUUGGGUAAUGGAAACAGAUUUGAGAAUCACAGGUUGUCGGUUGAUGGGCCCAUGCACUCUAUAAUGGAGGAUGAGACUAGCUCCGGUGGAUCAGGCAACUCUAAUUCAGAUUCUUCUUCUAUGAUGCGAAGUAGAAGUAGAAGUAGUUUUGAUCGAUCGAGCUCUGUCAGGAGUUUUGGAAAGAAAACAAUGUGUUCAGAGGAUCAAGCAGUAUCUCCUGCGAACUUGAAGUUGGUAAUCACGGAGAGGGAAUUGAAAGAUUGGCACAUGAAUUCCACUAGAGACGAUGCAUUGGAGAAGGUUGGAUCCAUUUCUAAAAGAACUGCUACUAUUGAAAAUGUUGGUAACUGUAAUGUGCCAAAGAAGUCUGUUAGAUGGCGCAAAGUACGCAAUGUCUUUAGUUUCAAACCUAAGAACUGUGAAGAUAAGUCUGAAAGUUUCUUAGGAAAUGUAAUUGACAGCUCAAUUGAUGACCCCAAGCAAGGGAAGGAGGCCGGUGUAGAAGAGAAAGAAGUGUCAGGUUGGAAGCUUACUCGCAGUAGUAGCGUUGUAGGUUCGAGGAAUUCAUGUGCAAUCCCGGGAUCAAGUUAUCGUAGGAGGAGUGUUGAUAACAGUGGUGUACGCCCUUACAAGGGCAGGGAAGAGUUUAUGCUGGAGAGAAACAUGAGUGCCGAAUAUUUGUCAAUGGAUCUUGAUAAUGGCACGGUGCCAUUCUAUAUGACACCGUUGAGGAGUUUGAGGAGCAUGAAGGGCGGAAAAUUCAAGCUGGAGAACUCAAAUUCAAUCCCUGGGAAUGUUCUGCAGUUGAAUUGA